AUGCGACUAAUGCCUGGCCCAGAGUUUCGGGGGCCCAUUUCACCAUGUGGAAACGUGCCUUUGUACAAGCUCAAUGGGGUGAAGUGCUUCCUGUUCUCUGUGGCAGCAUUCGGGGCGGGGGUGUACUUGAAAAUCUUCCCUGGGAGCAUCGUUUUCGAUAACUUUGUGAAGCUCACGGCAGCCAUGAACCUCUUUGCGUUCGGCUUCUGUGGGUUUUUGACAGUCAAGGGCUUCUGCUUCCCAUCAAGUAGUGAUUCUGGAAGCUCAGGGAAUGUCGUCAUGGAUUUCUACUGGGGCACAGAGCUAUACCCACGCAUUCUCGGUUGGGACGUGAAGGUCUUCACCAAUUGCCGCUUCGGAAUGAUGUUCUGGGGCUUGGGCAGCAUAUCCUUCGCAUGUGCUCAAUAUGAGCACCAUGGCGUGCUCACUUUACCGAUGUUGGUAUCCGUGUCCCUGCAAUUCAUCUACGUCUUCAAGUUCUUCUGGUGGGAGUCUGGCUACUUCAAGACUAUCGACAUCAUGCACGACCGCGCGGGCUACUACAUUUGUUGGGGCUGCUUGGUGUGGCUUCCUACUCUCUACACCUCGCCGGCCAGCUUUCUGGUUCAUCACCGGGAGGAUUGGCAGCCCUUGUCGGCGUUGGUGGUGUUCGUGGCCGGGGUUGUCGCCAUCUAUCUCAACUACUGGGUGGACAUCCAGCGCCAGGAGUUCCGCGCCAAAGACGGCCGGAUGAAGAUCAAUGGCAAAGAAGCGGAGUUCAUCGUGGCUAGUUAUGAGACCGAGGAUGGGAAGAAGCACGAAAGCAAAUUGCUGCUCUCGGGUUGGUGGGGCAUGAGCCGCAAGAUAAAUUAUGUCUUCGAGAUUUUGUCCGCUUUCCUGUGGAGCGUGCCUUUCGCACAUCCUACCUUCCUCACGCCCAACCUCUAUUGGAUCUUCCUUGUCAUCCUUUUACUCGACCGGGCUUACAGAGAUGAUGUGCGAUGCAGGGAGAAGUAUGGCAAGGAUUGGAACAGGUACUGUGAGUGUGUCCCAUACCUAUUGUUCCCAGGCAUUUGGUGA